AUGGCACUCAACGAGUCUCUUAUACCCUUUUUCUCAACAUCUCGCUCAUUUUUACUUAUUUUUACUGAUUGCAAUCUGGCUGUUGACUUUCAUAUAUUUCCUCGACGAUUUGCUAAAACAGAAACAUUUGGUACUGGUCUAAUGGAUGUUGGUGUGGGCUGUUUUAUAGUAUCAUAUAGUAUGGUGUCUAAAGAGGCUCGCUAUCCUUCUGAUUACUCAUCUCUUCCUUCAUUGAAACAAUUACCUUAUGUUAUAAUGGGCCUGCUGAGGCUUGCCACUGUUAAAGCUACAGAUUAUCAACUUCAUGUUUCAGAGUAUGGUGUACAUUGGAACUUUUUCUUCACAAUUGCUGUUGUCUCUGUUGGGUACCAAUUCCUCUUGUCCAUGUGUGGCUUACGAGAGUACAUCCUCUUUGGUGAUGGAAGUUACUCUCGUAACAAUUUCAUUAGUGCUAACAGAGAAGGAAUAUUUUCUUGUUUCGGUUAUUUGGCCUUGUAUUAUGCUGGAAUUGCGUUUUCUCGAAGUUUCUUUAAAGUUAAAAGUUGUCUCAUCUCUGCCAUUGACUAUAACCAGUUCACAUUCUUCUUACUAGCUAACCUAUCAACAGGACUUGUCAACUUUACUGUUGAUACAAUGAAUACUAGCACUUUAAAUGCUUUUCUUUUGUUAAGUCUUCAUUUAGUCAGCCU